AUGGACGGGGAAAGCCAGCAGCUGAUUGCGGAUUGCUUUUUAAGAACAAUUGUCGAUCCAAGAUCCACCAAUGCUCCCCUUGAACCGCCAGCCACCAAGCAACCAGUCAAAGUGGAGCUGCAAGUUCUACGGCUUAAGGAUGAAUCACAAACGCUUAUCAUGGAAACGCUUAGGGCAAUUCAUGGGGAGUCCUUUCAACUGGGUGAUAUUUCGAAAUACGAGGACAAAGGUGGUCGAAUGAAGAAAGGGUUCUGGCAGGAUCGGGGCAAUCUGGUCAUACAGGGUGGUGUUGAUUUCUCCAACAUUCCACGUACUGGAAAUAGCAACGAGGAUAAGUUUCGAAUGUAUGCAAUAAUGAAGCUGCACAGUUACGCCUUCCAUCGUUCGCAUUGUGAGGAAGCGCUCGAUCACCACAACGGGGAUGUUGACAAUGCUUUGGCGUUACUGUUUUCCAAGUAUUUUCCUCCACCAAACGAUCUGUUAUCGCCGACGGAGGAUCACAACGAAGAUGAGCUGUGUACUUUGCGUGCGGACGAACGGGAAGUGUUGGAAUCGAUUUACGAUAAGUUGUUUGUGGAAAAGGAACAUAAUCGCGUGUGGCAGCUGAAAUUUAAGAUUGAUCAUCUGCUUACGCACAGCCCUUCAGAGAUGAGAAAACAGGCGGAACGAGAAGCACAACAGGCAGAGGAAGAGAAGCGACGUAUGCUGGAAGCGCUGGCAAAGAAGAAAAAGGCUAAGCGUGAAAAAUGCUGGAAUUUUGCGAAAGGCAAAUGCCGCUACGGGAAUCGUUGCCAUUACUCACACGAGCCAGAUGAAUCGGAUAGUGAGGAAAAGAAGGGCAGUAAAAAGACGGAUAAAUCCCCCGACGAGGAUCCGAAUUGGUUCUUUUUGGAAAUUCGGUUUCCACCCGGGAAUCGAUAUCCAUUCGAACGGCCAAUACUGCUGCUGAAAACCACCUGUUCGGAUAUCCCGGAACAGUUGUGCCUUAGAGUGAACCGUCGAUUGGUUCAAGAGUGCAUUGAGCUCACCAACGACGGUAUGCCUUGCAUCUAUGCCGUUGCCGAUUUGCUCCAGAAUGACGCUGAAAUAGCUCGAUUUAUUGAACAAGAUCGAUAUCAAUUUCCGGAUAGUAGGAGAUCUCUCUUCUACGAGCCGGAACAGGACGCAGUGGAAGGUGGCCUUGGAGAUAAUUUACCUACGCACCAUCAGCGUGGCGUCACUGGACGACAAACCGGAUCUAAGGUAAACCCAGAACAGCUGAUGAAAGAGGAUCGUAACAUUGUGCGAAAGUUUAUGGACAAACAAACGAACGAAGCCUACAAGGAGAUGCUGAGGAACCGCCGGAAACUUCCAGCAUGGACGAAGAUGGCGGAAAUCAUCAAUCUUAUGGAAGCGCAUCAAAUUCUCGUCAUCAGUGGAGAAACGGGUUGCGGAAAGUCAACACAAGUACCUCAAUUCCUGCUCGACGAUUGGCUAUUACAAUCAUCCAAAAUGCAAUCGAAGGAACCACUUCGGCAUGUAGAAAUUAUUUGCACCCAGCCACGGCGUCUGUCAGCCAUAGGCGUUGCAGAACGUGUUGCUGAAGAGCGCAAUGAAAAGAUAGGCAAUACGGUCGGUUAUCAGAUCAGAUUGGAGAACAAGAUUUCUUCCUCCACCCGGCUAACAUUCUGCACCACUGGCAUCCUUUUGCGAAGGUUACAAUCCGAUCCGACCCUCACGACCGUGACGCACAUCAUCGUCGACGAGGUGCACGAACGCAGCGAAGAGUCUGAUUUUUUGCUGAUGAUACUGAAAGAGCUGCUGUCCAAGCGUUCAGAUCUGAAGGUGAUCCUCAUGUCGGCAACGCUGAAUUCUAACCUGUUUUCCAGCUACUUUGGCGAUAUUCCUGUGCUGGAGAUACCGGGACGGACGUUUCCCGUGGAACAGUUGUUCCUGGAGGACAUACUGGAGCGCACCGAAUUUGUGCUAGAGCCCGAUUCUCAGUUUUGCCGCAAGCUGCGCAAGGGAGAGUAUGAACUAUUGACGCAGGAACUGGAAUAUUCGGAUGUGAAGGCAGCCAAUGUGGCACCGGCAAAAACGAUUCGGGAUGAAAAUUUAAAAAUGGCCGACAUAUUUGCGCGAUACGCAGACUAUUCGAAACAAACUUGCAAAGCACUGUAUCUUAUGGAUCCUCUUCGUAUCAAUCCGGAACUUAUCGAACAUGUGCUAACGUACAUUGUUGACGAUGCUUCGCACAGUUGGCCUAGAGAAGGUUCAAUAUUGAUCUUCCUGCCUGGUCUAGCCGAAAUACAAACCGUUCAUGAAUCGCUUGCCGAAAGCAAACUGUUUGGUGCCCGGGGUGAUCGGUUCGUGCUGAUUCCGCUACACUCAAUGCUCACGAACGAGGAACAAGCUCUCGUUUUUCGUAAACCUCCCAAAGGGAAGCGGAAAAUAGUGCUCAGUACGAACAUUGCCGAAACAUCCGUUACCAUCGAUGACUGUGUGUUUGUGAUUGACUGUGGCCAGAUGAAGGAGAAGCGUUUUGACUCCAACCGUAACAUGGAAUCGCUCGAGAUGGUAUGGGUAUCGCGUGCAAAUGCUCUCCAGCGUAAAGGCCGUGCCGGUCGUGUAAUGCCCGGUGUUUGCAUCCAUUUGUACACACGGCCACGAUUUACACACCACAUUCUUGGCCAACCCGUCCCAGAAAUCCAUCGUAUACCGCUCGAACCGUUACUGCUGCGUGUCAAAACGCUUUUCACGUUCCAGGAACGCUCACUGAAUGAGGUGCUUGGCGCACUUAUUGAACCACCUAGCGUGGAAACCAUUCAAGCGGCCAAGAAGCGUCUCAUCGAUGUCGGUGCAUUGGAUUUGGACGAACAGCUGACACCGCUAGGUCACCAUUUGUCCGCGCUCCCGGUGGACGUGCGGAUAGGGAAGUUGAUGCUGUUCGGUGCGAUCUUCCAGUGUCUGGACAGUGUGCUUACGAUGGCCGCAAUGCUCAGCUACAAGAGUCCCUUCGUAUCUCCGUUCGGCAAGCGCGAUGAAGCCGACAAUCGGAAACGGCAGCUUGCGAUCGCCAACAGCGACCAUCUAACGAUGCUCAAUGCCUACCGCCGUUGGAUGGAAGCAGCACAAAAAAGUCGCUACGCAGGGCAGUGCUUCGCGGAACAAAACUAUCUUUCCGGCAAAACAUUGGCCACGAUCGGGGAAAUGAAGUAUCAGUUUCUAGAGCUGCUCGUUUCGAUCGGAUUCGUGCCGAUCGAUCUAUCCGGUCGAUCCCGUACCAAAAGGCAACAGCUGGACGAUGUUCAAAAACUUACCGGAGCCGAAAUCAAUGUGAACGGGUCGAAUAAUCGUCUGCUUGCAGCCAUCCUGUGUGCUGCGCUCUAUCCAAACGUGGUGAAAAUUCUUACACCGGAAAAAAGCUUCGUCACCGGUGCAGUAGGGGCCGUGCCGCGACUACCGCAGGCUUCCGAUUUGCGCUUCAAAACCCAAGAGGAUGGUUACGUCGCUUUACAUCCAUCGUCGGUAAACGCUACCGUAGGACACUUCGGCUCUCCGUUUCUAGUGUACCAGGAAAAGAUGAAAACUUCUCGGAUUUACAUUCGCGAAACGACCAUGGUACCGCUACUGCCGAUGGUACUCUUCUCGGGUAGCGAUCUGCAAAUCGAGCUGCAUGGUGGAGAUUUUGUAAUUUUGCUGGAGGGUGGCUGGUUGAUGCUGCAGGCGGCCACGCAUCAGAUUGCGGAAAUGAUGAAGUUCCUGCGCCUGGAGCUGGCCAAAAUGUUGGAGCUGAAAAUUAGCGAUCCACUGUUGAACUUGAUGAACCAUGAGCACGGCAAACGCGUCAUCGAUACGAUCGUACACCUUAUUAGCAAGGAGUAG